UUAACCUUGUCAGGUCUCAAUGGUGCUUCUAGAUAAUUAUGAACCACUGAUUUGGGCAUGUGCCGUGAAUGAAGUUCUUUCUUAGAUUUUAGAGACAUCAUCUAGCAUGAUCACGAUCAUAGCUCCCUUUCUUGUGCCAUCUUCCAAGCUUAAGUUGGAAAGCAGAUCAUUGAUGAGAAAUAGUAGCAAGGUUCCUCUCUACAGUGUUCAAGUAGGUCCAGAAACAGACACAAGCAGAGCAGUAGGCACGAAAACUGAUAAGGCGCCUUUGUCAUUGCAAACCCGUUAUGAGCCCUUAGCUUGCUUACUUCAGCCGGUUAAUGUCUUGAAGUUGCCUACUUCUAUUCUCAUUGGACAAAGAAGCCAAAGUCUUUCUGAUAAGGCUUUAAGUGAACACCUGGAGGUAUUCAUAUUCCCUAGCUCCUUUAGUGAUGUAGUUAUGGUUAUACUGAGGAAAGGUUACCACUAAUGUCAUAAAGCAAAUUCACUUUUUGAUUGUGCGCAUCAUUAAUUUCUUUUUCUUUUUCUUUUUUUUUUCUAUAACAUGUACAAGUUUUAAGAUUGUUUAGAUGUAUUUUUAUCUCGGGAAAGAUUUUACGGACAUUCUACAAGAUAGGGGAGCUUUUGGAAAGUACCACUUCGUUAUGUUUCUCGAAAGAUAUGUUCUCAUGGAGUCCUUCAAAGUCAUCCAAAGAUGGUGAAGAACCACGGCGUGCGUUAUAUUGUUAAAUCUGAGAACUCUCUGGUUAUGUUAUAUAUUUUUGGAUACUGUAGGAAGCGCAACCCUUGUUGAUCAUUUCACCAAGGUCAAACCGUCAAACUAAUGGCCGACCGUACUUGUUUUGUAAAGACUUGUUAGUUGUAUUAUUUUGCAAGUGCAAGUGAUGUCGAAGAUUCAGGAUUUGCAUUUCUACUUUUAUUCAAAAAUAAUAAAUCAUUUCAUAAUUU